ACCAAAAAUUUAUCAGAAAGAGUUCUUGUAAACUUCACAAAAUGAACAGAAUAUUUGGCAGAGGAAAACAAAAGACUCCGGGUCCAAGCAUAACAGACUGCAUUAGCACUGUGGAUGGUCGAGCAGAGAAUAUUGAGCAGAAGGUCAAUAAGUUGGAGACAGAACUAAGGAAGUACAAAGACCAGAUGGCUAAAAUGAGAGAGGGACCGGCGAAAAACUCGGUUAAACAAAAAGCCAUGAGGGUUCUAAAGCAGAAGAAAAUGUAUGAACAACAGCUGGAAAAUCUCCGAGCUCAGUCUUUCAACAUGGAGCAGGCAAACUAUGCCACACAGACUCUGAAGGACACACACGCCACCGUCCAGGCCAUGAAAGAUGGCGUCACUCAGAUGAAGAAGGAGUUUAAGAAGAUCAAUAUAGAUAACAUUGAGGAUGUGAACGAUGACUUAGCAGACAUGUUGGAGCAAGCCGACGAGGUGCAGGAGGCGCUGGGCCGCCAGUACGGCGUGCCGGAGAUCGACGACGACGAACUAGCUGCCGAACUUGACGCCCUAGGCGACGAGAUAGCCCUGGACGACGACACGUCGUACCUCGACGACGUGGUGAAGGCGCCGGCCGCGCCCGACAAGGACCCCGGCGCCGACAGCUUGCGCAACAAGGACGGGCUCCCGGUCGACGAGUUCGGCCUCCCGCAGGUGCCCAGCGCGGCGCAGACCUCGCGCUAA